AUGGCAACGACAGGUGUUUGUCAAUGUCUUCUCAAGAAAAAUUUAUAUAUCUAUUCGUUAGUUAAUUACGAAAGUGGAGGUCUUCUCAUUAAUAUAUAUAAUAGGGAAGGGAUGUCGGCAUUGAUUGAUGUUUUUAAUAGUCAAGAAUUUAGGAAUAAUAUGUAUCAAAAUGGUUUGGGCAAAGAAUUUGAUACUUCCAAGUCAUCUAAUAUUUUGUGUCAAUUAUCUGAUAAUUUUGAUCCAAAAUUAAACCAGCAAAAUAUGCGAAAAGUUUGUUGGAAAUUACAUAUACGAGGAUUAUAUGGAGAAUCAUUAAUACAUAUUCUUAUUAUAAACAAUACAAAAAUACAUACUAUUAUUGCCAAACAAAUGCUUCUUUUAUAUCCUAAUUUAGUUAAUGAUGUGUUUGAAGAACUCGACUAUUUUGGUGUAUCAGCUCUUCAUUUAGCAAUAAUCUAUGGAAAUGAAUCAUUAGUUAAUAUUUUAUUGGAAAGUGGGUGUGAUGUGAAUGUACGAGCUUUGGGCAACUUUUUUGUUCCCAAACAGUAUAACAACUCUAAGAAAAUACCCGCUUUCAAUGAAGAACUAUAUUUUGGUGAAUAUCCUCUUUCAUGGGCCGCAAGUAUUGACAAUAAAAUAAUAUACAAUUCAUUGAUAAGCUAUGGAGCUGAUCCUAAUUUAAUGGACACGUUUGGAAAUAUGGUUUUACAUGUGAUUGUUGCCCGAGAAAAAUUAAAUAUCUUUGGAUUUGUAUUAAGACAUUCAGAAAGACCGGCUCAUAACGAUAUGACCAACAAUUAUGGUUUAACUCCAUUAGCAUUGGCCUGUGUUUUAGGAAAAUCUAUCAUUUUUAGAGAAAUAAUUGAAUUAAGUUGUCAGGAAUUUUGGACAUACAAUAUAGUCACCUGUUGUGGAUAUCCAUUGAAUGUUGUCGACUCAAUGCAAAUUGAAAAUAAAGAAACAGACAGUCGAUCUGCUCUUAAUAUUAUACUUGAAGGUAAUAAUAGUGAGCACUUGGAUAUGUUACAGGGAGGGGUCAUUCAAAAACUAUUAGAAGAAAAGUGGAAAACUUUUGGACACCGUCUAUUUAUGAAAAGGAUUUUUCAGACAUUAUUUCAUUUAGUCAUUCUUAGUGUUGCUAUUUAUUUGAGACAAUCAAACAAAGAGUUGUCUAUCUGUGAACCACAAGUUAAUAAAAUUUUUAGAAUAAUUGCGGAAAUAUCUUCAAUAUUAAGUUGUGGUCGAUAUGUAUUUUUUCAAAUUAAAGAAUUUUCUAAUAAGAAAAAGCUAAACAUUUUAAAAAAUUUGAACUCAACAUUACCUCAAAUAAUAUUUUUGAUAUCAAAUAUUCUUAUAACUUGUUGUAUGUUUUGUCGAUUGUUUGGUAUUUUAUAUAUUGAAGAAGUUUUACUAAUAAUAGCAUUGCCUUCUUCCUGGUUUUUUCUAAUGUUUUUUGCCGCUGCUGUACGUAUAACCGGUCCUUUUGUAGCAAUGGUCAGGUUUAUGAUAAUUGAAGACAUGCGUCAAUUUAGUAUAAUUUAUUUAGUAUUUCUUUAUGGAUUUUCACAAACAUUUCACUUUUUAUUAAAAUCUCCAACAAAGACGUGGAGACAAUCACACCAUAGUUUUUAUUACAGCUCUUGGAUGGAACUGUUUCGUAUGACUUUAGGUGCCCAUGAGUAUGAAGAAUUGCGAAAUUCAUAUUAUCAAUGGUUGACUCAAUUGUUUUUUGUGUUAUUUAUGAUAUUAAUGCCAAUUUUAUUGCUAAAUAUGUUAAUAGCAAUGAUGGGUAACACAUAUUCAUUAGUAAUAUCUGAAUCUGAGAGGGAGUGGACUAUGCAAUGGGCAAAGAUUUUGCUUGAAUUAGAAAAAGCACUUUCUUUUAAUGAAUCGAAACUAUUUUUGAGUCAAUACACUCUUACAAUUGCUGCUAAAUCACAAACUGAUGAUCCGAUAACUGCUUUAAUGGUUAUCAAAAAAAUGUCUAUUUCUAAGGCAAAAAAGAGAAAACAAGCCAUUGAUAACUGGAAGAGAUUAAACAGAAAAGUUAAAAUACUAUUUUGUAAUAAAGAUAUCAACGAUUUGCAAGUUAUCAACAAUUGA